AUGAUGGAAUCCAAGGAGAUUUUCCCUGAGCCCAUUACCGAAAUACCCUCGCAGGAUGAUGACAAAGUCGGAACAGUCAACCCUGUUGGCGAGACACUCAAUCGCCACGGAGAGGAAUAUGUGGGAAAAUACCGGCGGUCAUUUCGCUCUCGUCACAUCCAGAUUGUGACAUUGGGCAGCAACAUCGGUUCAGGGCUAUUCAUUUCGACUGGUAAAGCGCUUCGAAAUGCUGGCCCUGGAAACAUGAUCAUCGGGUACACGACUGUUAUGACCAUGGUCGUGGCUACACUUCAAGUUCUGACAGAACUGACGGUCGCUUUCCCGGUCUCUGGAAGCUUAAUCGACUAUGCCGACAGAUUCAUCGAUCCUGCCCUGGCUUUUGGAAUUGGUUUUGGAGAGUGGCUGGCAUGGACAACUGUCCUCGCGGCCGAAGGAGCGGCAUUCAAUGUCAUCAUACAGUACUGGACUGAUGCAGUACCUGUGGCAGCGUGGAUGACCAUCAUUCUGAUCAUUACAUUUGGCAUCCACGCAUGCCCCAACCGCGUCUUUGCAGAGGUUCAGUAUGCUACCUCUGUCCUCAAGGUCGUCGUCCUUUUGAUCUUUAUCUUCACGUCCGCUGCGAUGGUUGGAGGUGCUGGUCCAACGGGAAAGGUGCAUGACGGCGAAUACUGGCGGGACCUUCCAGCCUUCCUCCACAACGUCAAGGGAACGUGUCUCUGCGCCAUCUACGCAAUCUGGGGAGUCGGCGACCAAGUGUACGUAGGGAUCAUGGGCGGCGAGACCAAGAAUGUCCGACACAGUAUGCCUCGCGCAGUGAAGAGCGUCGGUGUCCGGGUCUUCUUCUUUUUCAUGCUUAUCGUCGUCUUCAUUACGCUUCUCGUGCCUCUGAACGACCCCCGUCUUCUUGGUGGCUCGGGCAUCAAUGCCUCUCCGCUGGUCAUUGCGCUGAACGACGCCGGCAUUAGAGGGAUUCCCGAGCUCCUCAACGCCUCGUUCCUCGUCAUCUCCGCAACAGGUGGCCUGGAACCUCUUUACAUCGCAUCACGCGUCAUGCGACACAUGGCACUCUCAGGCAUGCUCCCCAAGAAGCUGGCCCAAGUCGACAACAAGGGCCGUCCUACGUGGUCUCUGUUCGUCACGGCGCUUUUUACAAUCACAUUUACCUACAUCAACUGCUCCAACACGGGCAGUACAAUUUUCGCUUGGUUUUCGAGCGUCGCUUCCACCAUCUUUAUGACCGCAUGGGUCGUUCUCGCGAUCUGCAGUAUCCGCUUCCACGCGGCCAUCCGCGCGCAGAAGAGCACCAUCCUCGAGGGCAAAUACAUGUACAAGGCGCGCUUCUGGCCUGUCGGGCCUAUUUUUCUGGGCGUUGGUGCCUUCUUGGUCCUGGUCGGUCUCUUCGCCGACGCUCUGUAUCCCGUCGGCGGCACGAAUCUGAGCGCAUACGACUUCUUCAUGACCUACCUCGGCGUACCGCUUGUCGUGGUCGCCACGAUCGGGUACAAGGUCAUUCGCCGAACCAAGAUCAGGCGUGCAAGCGAGAUCGACCUGGUAACGGGACACCAGCCCUUGACAGAGGAGCAGGAGAAGUUCCUGGACCAUUACUACAGCCAGCCCUUGUGGAGGAGAAUCUGGAGUUAUAUCUCGACCAGUGAUUGA